AUGAUACAAGUACUGCAGUGCGAUGCGGCCAGCAUUGCGUCUGCAGGCUGCGUGUUGGCUUCCGGCACCUUAAACAAGCCUACCUCGCCUCCGUCUGUUUCUGAUGACGACGAAGACACCUCGAUGCUUUGUGACCCCGCCAACAGAAGCCAGCGGAAGCUGCCCCUGGCCAGCAAAACCACCUCUUCUCUGGCCGCAGUUUGCGGCGGGAUCGUAGUGCAAAGUCUAAGCUCUGAGAAGUAUGUGCAGAGCGGACCAGGCGGUGAUGAGGUCAACGCCGAAGACUACUGGGAGUGGGAUGUCGAGGGGCUACGCGACGAUGCGGAGGGCUUGGUGACCGUGGCAUUGGUCCAACUGGAGCUGAAGGCAAACGAGGCCCCCGACAAGAAUGUCCACUGGGGAAAAGCAUCUCCGCUGUGUGCACAAUGUGGGGAAGGUUUUGCUUUCCAAAAGGUUCGCCAGAGGCUGCUCCAGCGUUUGGAGCUGGCCGAACUGCGAGCAGAGGUUCAGAGUGCGAAUGAUCCGGCCUUGUGGCCCCCACUUGUGCACAUGGCGGCCGACCAGUUCGGCCUUCGCUUGGUAGAUGCUGGAGAAGUAUGUGAUGAGGUUGGUGAGGACCUUGAGAUCUUCCAGGCAGCCGCCCGUGGGCGCGGCCUCAGGGGCGCGACUGCAGCGUUGGGAGCUGUCGUCCUGGCUGAGCGAGCUGUUCUGGCAGAGCCCUGUGCAAAUGCGGAGAAGUUUGCAGCUGCAGCCCAAGAGCACUGGAGGGAGCUGGGCGCCCUCGCCCGUGCCAAGCUGCUGUCGCUGCGAUGGCGCAGCGCAGCCCUUUCGGAGGAGAAGUUCCAGGCGACCAGUCUCCGCGAGUGGCGCGCUGAAAGCGCCGAGAGCGUGGCGCUUUUUCCAGGGAUUGCGAGGCUCCGCGGCGCUGCCGCCUUCAACGGUAUGGCGGUGGUGAGGCUUGUGGUCAAGCCGUCCGCGUUGAAAACGAUCGAAGCGCAGCCACGGCAUGGCCUGGCCGUCUACUUGAAUGGGAGUCUUCUCAACCACUCCUGCCGACCGAACGUCAACAGGUUACCGUUCCCAUCAUGCCUGGUAGUGCGAGCAGCACGGCCUCUGCUUCCCGAAGAUGAGCUAACAUGUGCCUACAUUGAGGCUCGCGCUCCCUACUUCGUGCGGCAAGCAGAGCUCGAGUCCACGUGGGGCUUCGAGUGUGGUUGCGGCCGGUGUCGUCUGGAGGCCAAGAUCUGGGCAGCCGAGCCGGAGGUCGAGAAGAGGAUGCGCUCGCUCUGGCGGCGCUUCGAUCGGCGGCGCCGUGAGGGUACCUGCUCGGAGGAGGAGCUGCGCGAGAUCGUGGCGGAUGCAGCGCAAUGCACGGAGAGCGCUCUCGUCCAGUUUCUACAGACCGGGGCCGCAGAGGACUUUCAGGAUGAGGCUAAGGUCUACCUGGAAGCCCUGGGAAGCGACUCCCAGAGCCUGGAGGCUUUGCGGAACCUACUCCUCGGCUCCUGCUGGGCCGCACCUGCCUGGGAGCUGGCCUUCGGGUUGCAGGAGGCUUCGCGGCAUGAAGAGGCGUUGGAGAUGUGGCUGGCAGUUCGCCGUGUUUGUGCAGAAGUGCUGCCGCUGUCACCAAGUCACGCCGCGGCGGCCUCUGAGGCAGCCUUGGCUGCGGUGGCUGCUGGCAAGCCGUGGGGAGCGCUUCUGGAGGAGAGCCUCACGGUGGCUGCCCUUGCCUACGGCCCGGGCGUCUGGCGUCGCUUGGCGGCUGCACGGCUCGAGCAGCUGCCUCUGGAGUGUCGCCGUGCGAUUGAGGAAGCUGUCGCCUGCAUUGAGAGCGGGGCCAACCUCGAGGAACAAGCAAGUCCCCAGGCCUCUGCGUGCCUGGAUCUCGAGAACAUGGAUUGA